AUGCAUAAAGCUAAUGAACAAAGAAAGCAAAAAUAUAAAUGGUUAUAUGAAAAAGAGCAAUUAUCCAUUGAAAACAAUAGUAAUGAUAGCAUAAAGUUGAUAGAAGGAUCAAAUCAAGAGAAACCUGCUGAAAUUUCUACUUGGAAAUAUAAAGUUCGUAAUUCAUUAAUGUUUUAUCCAGAAGGUCAUCAAACUCAAAAUAUCGAAGACCAUUCAAGAGCACCUCCAAAAAAAAUUGUUCAUGAUGCGACAAGAUUCGAAUCUGCUGAAGAAAUGAUUCUUCAAGUAUGUUAUAAUUUAUAUACAUUAGUUGGAGGUUACAGUUUUGUUCCUGCAACACCAUCACCAAAUCCUUCACAGAUCGAUAGUUCAGAACUAAUGACUUGGGGUAUGGUUGAAGGAACACCUUUGUUAAUUGGUGGAGAUCAAACACCAGGACCUGCUUUUCAUUUGCCACCUACUUCUCGCAGAGAAAUAAUUGGAAUGGAACUUUCUAGUAAUGCCUCAAGAAAUAUGAGAAAACGUAAUUUGUCAUUGAAAUCUCCAAGAAUAACAUCAAUAACGCAAAGCCCAUUUUCAAAUAAAAUUUCAAGUCCUAGAAUUCGAGCAACUUUACUUUCACCAGCUGCACGGAAUCUUUUGCGUAAAUCGCACCGCCUUUCAUCAACUAAAUCAAACCAACAAAAAUGA